AUGCCAUUUUAGGGCAGCGCCUCGACGCGCCUGUGCGUGAGAUGCGAAACGCUUCCUUCCGGGAGGGGUACGCAUGCGUAGUGGAUCGAAACAGGACACAGGUGGCAAGGAAAGAUGGCGGAGCCUGAACCACCAAAGAAGAUUCCCCGGGUGCCAGAAAAUCUACUGAAAAAAAGAAAGGCAUAUCAAGCAAUCAAGGCCACCCAAGCAAAGCAGGCGCUGCUGGACAAAAGAAAGCAUCAGAAAGGAAAACAAAUCAAAUUCAAACGUCUUGAGACAUUUUUGCGGGAUUCUCAUCGGAAACACAGAGAUGAUGUCCGUCUGAGGCGCAUGGAACAUAAGCCCCAGCUGCUCUUAAUGCCCGAGGGACACAAACUGGCUUUUGCUGUACGGAUUGCAGAAAUUAAAGGUGUGAGCCUACGCGUGCGGCAUGUCAUACAGAGGCUACGGUUGAGAAAGAUUUACAGUGGCACAUUUGUUAAAUUGACACCAACAUCUCUGAAAAUGCUGCGAACUGUGGAGCCGUACGUGGCAUGGGGUUAUCCGAACCUGAAAUCUAUUCGAGAGUUGAUCCUGAAACGAGGCCAUGCAAAGGUCAAUAAGAAAAAGCUUGCUUUGACAGACAACAUUCUGAUAGAGGAGCAUUUGGGAAAGUCUGGUAUUAUUUGUUUGGAAGAUCUUAUUCAUGAAAUUUACUCAGCUGGGAAACACUUUCAUGAAGUCAACAACUUCUUGUGGCCAUUCCACCUGUCAGUAGCUCGCCACGCCGCCCGCAAUAAAGCGGGGUUCCAUAAAGAGAUUGGCGAUACUGGAUUUCGAGGUAGUGGAAUCAACCAACUCAUUCGUCAUUUGAACUAGGCUCAGGUUGUUAUGAGCGUUAUUAAGGAUGUUCUGGAAGAUAUUUAUUUGUACUCCAUGAUGUACCUGAGACUGCAACAUGACAUUAGUUCUGUUCCUUUCUGUCUCACUGUGUGAUGCUGAAACUGCACUUCCAUAGUUGAGUUGGAAGGUACCCAAGAUGUGAUUUAGAUGUUACCCUGUGCAUAGAACAGAAUGGAAAAAUGGACGAACUCCUGGAAUUCCACUUGCACAGCCCUCUGAAAUUAAUAUAUUGCUUACAAAUAGUGAGGAUGUUUUGAAACCCAGCACUGCUUUUUGCAUGGUUUCAUUAUGCCUUUUGAAUACAAAAGUGG